ACCUCCUUUGCUCUGCCUUUUCGGUCCUCUCUGUAAAAGGGAGCUCCUUUUCUAGCAGAGGCUGGCUAGCCCACCAAAUCUAUUCCAUGUCAGUUGAAAAGUCUCCCUACCUACUUGAUCUAGCCAGGCUCAGGCUUGGGUGGCUCGAUCAGGAGGGAGGAAAUGGACUCCUGUACCUUUAAGAGAGGGGAAUUUCAGCAGGGAUAGCUCUCUUAUAAAACCAGCAGCAACUAUAGCAGAGAGAAGGAGAAGAAGGAGCAGAGAGGAACUGUCUGGAGACAGAAUCGCAAACCAGGAGAGAGAAGCCAACUCCGUCCGACUUCGAUAUGGCUAUGAAGAUGCAAGUCCUUCUUCUCCUGGUCUCUUGGUUCGUCCAGGGGCAAUCUGAUGAUUCAGACUCAGAUAUGUACCAGCGACCGAUAGAUAUACCUGGACUAGUGAAUGCUGAAGGUGGGCAAGACAAAUUCCCACCUGCCCGCCCCACUGCCAAGAAUAUCGGGAACAUCUGCAAGGAUGGGAGUAAGAAGCUGCCGCAGGGCCUGAAAGACUCAGAUCGCUCAAACGUCUACGGCAAGGCAGAUGUCCUCAUCGAACUGGGAGUCGCACUGGGCAAGUGUUGCAAGGAAAAGGCGCAGCUCCCUUGCUCCGAGAAAGCAUGGUCUGCCGUUCUGAACAAGAUGUGCACAAAGCAAUACGCAAUAAAGAUGGCACACCAUGAGUGCUGUGGAAAGAGUGAUGCCGCCAGGGAAAACUGUUUUGACAAGAAGUCCCGCUUCCCAAAUUACGACUUCAAGAACUGAUGGGUGAUUCUGUCGUGACCUAUGUAACAUUUGCAGCUUCUUUGCGCAUAUAUAUAUAUACACACAGUAUAUAUAUGUGUGUGAUUUGACUAUUAUGUAACUCCAAUUAACAUGAAGCUGUUAACUGCCUUGAUCCCUCCCUACAAAAACAAUAAAUCAUUAUGCCUGAGGUUGUUUAAAUGUUUACUUUUUAUUGUGUGUGUUUUUAUUAAAAAAAUGUAGCCAAUGUAACAGCUUUGCAACCUCAAGAACUUAUCUGUAACGUGGGCAAGCUUUUCCUCUGAAAGUAUGAAUCCAUUUUUCUUCUUUUUGUGCCGCUAUACUAAGGUUUCAUGGCCAAGUGCCAAAUCGAUAGUAAUGUUUAUUUGAAAACUGUGGAAUAGAGGUUUUCUGGCAAAUGAAAUGUGACUAACGUAACAUGACGAACGUAACAUGUGACAAUUCAUUCCUAGACACCAGGGGUCAGCAAACAUUUUCAGCAGGGGGCCGGUCUACUGUCCCUCAGACCUUGUGGGGGGCCAGACUAUAUUUUGAAAAAAAAUAUGAACGAAUUCCUAUGGCCCACAAAUAACCCAGAGAUGCAUUUUAAAUAAAAGGACACAUUCUACUCAUGUAAAAACAUGCUGAUUCCUGGGCCAUC